CAGGCACGUUUGGAGAUGAUUAUGCCCACACUUCCUCUUGCUCGAGAGCCAGGACUUUUCUCUGCUGCCGCUGGCCGGAAGAAGGCCAUGAGAAAGCUGGACGCGGGCACCUUUCGGAACAAAUCCUGGAAAAAGCUGAAAAACAUGGUGCACUGGUCCCCCUGCGUGGUCUCCUUCCGAAAACGCUAUCCGUGGGUGCAGCUGGCCGGCCACGCAGGCAACUUUAAGGCGGGGGAAUUCGGGCACAUCCUGAAGAAGUAUUGCCCCAGUGAGCAACAGUGCCUGGAGCGCUUAGGGUGUGAUGCGCUGCAGCCAUACGUCCCGGCAUAUUAUGGGCUGGUGGAGCACGAGAGAGAAACCUACAUCCAGAUGGAGGAUUUGCUGGCGGGCUUCGAGGCCCCCUCCAUCAUGGACUGCAAAAUGGGAGUCAGGACCUACCUGGAGGAGGAGUUGGAGAAGGCCCGGCAGCAGCCCUGCCCACGGAGGGACAUGUACGAGAAGAUGGUGGCCGUGGACCCCACAGCUCCCACGCCAGAGGAGCACGCGCAGGGCGGCGUCCUGAAGCCACGGUACAUGCAGUGGAGGGAGACGCUCAGCUCCACCACCACCCUCGGGUUCCGCAUUGAGGGCAUCAAGAAAGCUGACGGGACCUGCAAUACCAGCUUUAAGAAGACGCGGCAGCCGGAACAAGUGGUCCAGGCCUUCUGGGACUUUCUGGACGGCGACAGAAGAAUUCUGAGCAGCUACUUGGAGCGGCUGCAGGAAGUGAGGGCGGCCUUGGAGCAGUCGGAGUUCUUCAAGGUGCAUGAGGUGGUGGGCAGCUCCCUCCUCUUUGUGCACGACCAAACGGGUCUGGCCCGGGUCUGGAUGAUCGACUUUGGCAAGACGGUCCCGCUGCCGGAGAAAAAGACUCUGACACACCGGCUGCCCUGGGUGGAAGGAAACCGGGAGGACGGCUACCUCUGGGGCUUGGACAACCUCAUGGCCAUCUUGGAGAGCAUGCUGGGGGCGUGAGCUGGCCUCGGACACGGCGCCUCCCCGGAGGCGGCCAAGACAAGGACUGCACUGUGGGUCCGGUCUCAGCGACCCCGCCGUUAACUUAUUCAGCCAGAUAUGCUACUCAGCCUGGGGAAGCCCUGAAGGCGCCUGGGGCAGAACUGGAAAAGAAAGGCUGCCGGCCUGGGAGGGACCCACAGGCUCCAGCAUGAUCCACGGAGAGUCACCGUUCGAAAGGGUCCCGGACUUGCACAGCCAGGAAAGAAGUUGUCUCUCAAAAGCUAUUUCUUGUAGUGAUACUGUCGGCAUCCUGACUAUAACCCGGGGUCUCUGGGGUGUUGCUGUGCCAGGAAAAGAGAGGUCGGAUGCCUGAAAGUAG